AUGUACACGGCAACGGCACCAAUCCCCCCGCCCAAGUCUGGCAGCCAUGAGGUCAGCCGACGCAGCACUCCGGCAGCUACGCAAUCGCCCAGACCACCGCCGCCGGUCCCAGCGACAUCAUCCAGCCUUCCAGAGGCGGUGAUGCAGGCUCAGAUUGCGGCGCUGCCGGAUACUCCGGACCCGGGCGAGAACUGGCUGCCCAAGAUUCUACAAGACAAAUCAAAGCAAGACCUGGCCGACAUCCUGGCAUCGCCAGGGCUUCUUGAUGCCCUCACGCACAGCACGGUCACGAGUCAUCCGUCGCUGGCGGCCUCGCACGCGACCCUGGCCGCCGCCCUCGACGAGAACAUGCAGCUCGCCGCCCACCUGCAGGAGCUCGAGGCACGACUGGCACACCAGCGGGCAGCAACCCAGGCUCAGCUGAUGGGUGCCCACGCGCUGGAGCGCUCGUGGCGCAGCAAGCAGGCGGACAUGGACGCGGCGCUGGCGCCGUUUGCGCCGGCUAGCCUGUACCAGCGGCUGGCCGCCGGCGUGGCCGAGCAGGAGCAAGUGUGCCAGGCACUAGAGGAGAGCUUCCUGGACGGCGGCAGCGGUGGCGACCCGUCGGCGUUGGGCGGCCAUGACGGAGCACCGGCCAGCGAGCGGGAGGCGGCCGACUGGGUGCGACGGUAUCGCGAGGCACGGAAGCUGUACUACCUACGACAAGAGAGAAGAGAGCGAUGGGAUGAAGGCCGCGUGGGCGGAUGGCGAUAG